GAGUCAGGUUCCACGGUGACGGGUACGGUAGCACGAAUUCAACGUGUUUAAAUAAAGUUAACACGAAAUACAAUACGAUAUAUCGGAUAAUUGUUUUACUAAACAGUGUUUCAUGUUUUAAAAUAGUGUUCAGUGUUGUUUUAAGUUCAUUUGUGCGUGUUUUUAAGUGAUGCAGCCGAGUUUUUGUAAUACUAACGGUAUUACUGCCUCGUGAACUUUGUCUGAAUUUUAAGACACACCUAGUGGCUUUUGAAGUCUGCUUUUUGUUGGAGCACAAAAGAAACAGGAUGUAACACAGAGCACGUGUUAUUUUCACUGACAACUAGAUCUAACGACGAGGCAAGAUGGAGAUACGGUGGUCCUUGCUUGUCCUAUGGGCGGCUAUUUCGUGGAUUUCAGAUGCAGAUUCCGCAGAUGUCCUCCCAGCCUUCACACAGGACAUGAACAACUUGCCGUUAUCAGAAAGCACCCCGGUCGGCUCAGUUGUUUACACGUUGCAAGGAACCAAUCCAAGUGGUGGACCAGUAAAAUAUAGUUUGGUGGGGACUGACAAGUUUUCUGUGGAUCCUGUGUCAGGAGAAGUUACUCUAGUCCAACCCUUAGAUAGAGAGAAAAACGAUACAUUAAAGUUCCUCGUGUCCAUAAAGAACGAACACAACGAAGGUCAGACUGAAUCCGUGACUGUGAUAGUAUGGGACGAAAAUGACAAUCCGCCUGAAUUUAAAAAUAGUCCUUACGAAGUAUACGUACCUGAAGAUGAAGUCGUUGGGAAGACAGUCUUACAGAACAUCCUGGUGGAAGACAGGGACACCGUUGGUGAUAAUCUGGAAGUCGGCUGCUUGCCUAAUGAACAGUGGCCCGAAGCUUGUGACAUCUUCGAAGUGGUAGCCCUUCAAUCCUCAGCCAACUCCUACUCGGGUGUGCUGGUGCUGAAGAAACCUCUGGACUACAAUGAGAAGCAGUUCUACCAGUUCCAGCUGUACGCUUCUGACGGAGCCCUCAACUCCACAGCCCCAGUGGAAGUCAAGGUCGAAGAUGUGCAGAACUCCCCACCCGUCUUCAGCGGUGCCCUCAGCGGAUCUUUGGCGGAGGAUGCCCCGGUGGGAACCUUGGCCUUGGUAGUGCGCGCGAGAGACGCUGAUCGGGUUCAGCCGAGAGAAGUGUUCUUGGAGUUGUUGACCAAUCCGUUGGACUACUUUUUACUGGACAGUGCCUCAGGCAAUCUGGUGACAGCUAAACCGUUAGACAGAGAAGCCCUAGCCGAUCCGUCAUCUCCUCUAAAUCUUACAAUUAGAGCCACGGAAAUAGUAAACGGCUCCCCCCUAGUGUCCCCCCUAACAUCGUCCAUCGCCACAGCAACAAUUACGAUACGAGACGUUAACGACGAGCCACCGCGUUUCUCGAAGCCUGAGUACCGUGUAGAGGUUCCAGAGAGCUUGCCAGUGGGCACUCCGCUGCCGAAUCUGGACAUGGUCGUUACGGACAGAGACGUGGGUUUAAAUUCCGUCUUCACCCUUCGUCUCUCCGAUGAGAUGGGAGCCUACAUAGUGGAGCCAGCCAACGCCACAGGCAGCGCUUCAGUCACCCUUCGUCUAAACUCUAGCUUAGAUUAUGAGGACCCAAACCAGAGGAAGUUUAUUUUGGAGGUGAUCGCCGAGGAGUCACACACUUCCCCUCGCCUCUCUUCUAAAGCCAGUGUCAUAGUUACAGUGACGGAUGUUAAUGACAACGCACCCACUUUUGCUGAUGAGGCGUACUCUGCUUCUGUGCUUGAGAACGCACCAGGGGGUGCUUUAGUUGCUAUAGUGAAGGCUACAGAUAGAGAUACUGGCAGAUUCGGAACCGAUGGAAUUAUCUACCAGCUGUCAGGCAAUGGUGCUGAGCUCUUCAUGGUCAACAAUCGCAGUGGCGCCAUCACCGUAGCACCUUGUAUUAGCCCGGGCACCCCGCCUUGCCUAGACUAUGAAACCAGGAGGGAUUACUUCUUGCAAUACAAGGCAAUAGACGACGAUGGUGCCGGGCAGACGACAGUGGUGCCCCUGCAGAUAUCCUUGCUGGAUUCCAACGACAAUCCUCCCGUAUUUACCACGAGCAUCUACAAGGCCUCCAUAGAUGAAGAUGCGAUCAAAUUUGAACCAGAUUUGCAGGUGCAAGCUCGAGACGUGGACACCUCUUCAGAAAUCCGGUACUACAUCAUAGAGCCGUCUGUGCAUCCGUUCUCCAUCGAUGACGUCAGUGGCAAGAUCUCGCCGAAAGCCGGUGGGGUGGCUACAAAUGAUAGCAAGAUCGUGCUCACAGUUCUGGCCACAGACGGCGUGCAUAAUGCGACUUGCAAGGUGGAGAUCAACAUUCGCGAUGUCAACAACCAUGCUCCAGAGUUUGACCAAGACAAAUACGAAGCUGAUAUCUCCGAGGACGCGCCGCCUGGCACGGAAGUAGCAGCAGUCCGCGCCACCGACCUGGACAGCGGCGCCAACGCCGAGCUCAAGUACGCCAUCCAGCACGGCGCCUUGGACGCCUUCGCCAUUGACAACGUGACCGGCGUGGUCACCGUGUCUUCUAAACUGGACUAUGACAAGCGGAAUACUUAUCGGAUCGCGAUUGUUGCUGCUGAUCUUGGCAUGCCAAGCCACACCGGCACCACCGAGCUCACCGUCCACGUCAGCAACGUCAACGACAAGAAACCCUACUUUACCCCAACCAUACAACGAGCCGAAGUCUCAGCUGACGCAGAACUUGGGACAGUAAUCCAUAACCUGAUGGCAAUGGAUCCAGAUAUCACGGAUAGUGAGCAGCUGGUGUAUGAACUGCCGAGGAAUAAAAUGAUUAAAGCUGUGGAUAAAAAUGGACAGGAGGUAUCAGACGAAGGCAUUUUCGACUCUUGGUUCUCCAUUCUAUCAAACGGCAGCGUGGUGGUAUCCCAGCGGCUUGACAGGAGCCGGGCGGCGGUGCUGUCACUGCCUGUUACCGUCAUUGAUGCUUCGGCCAACCCGCUGCAGGAGGCUGAUGGUGAACUCAUCAUCACCAUAGUAGACGUCAAUCGCCACGCCCCUACAUUCUCCCAGCCUGCCUACGAAGAAUAUUUAGUAGAAGAGCAGCCAAUCGGGACGGUCCUCAACAAAUAUACUGCCACGGAUAAAGAGACUCCUAUCUCGGCACUGGUCAUCUAUCCACCAAGUCCUUACUUCCAGAUUGACAAUGUUACAGGCGUAGUGAAGUCCACGCAGCGUAUAGACUACGAGACAGUGCGAAGCAUCAACUUCACACUCGUCGCGUACGACUCUGGCGUCCCACAGCGGUCUAGCACUGCACAAGUUAUUGUACACGUGGAAAACGCCAACGACGAAGAGCCGGUAUUUGCAGCGCCGCAGUACGACGCCAGCCUGCAGGAACAUGCACCAGCGCACACGAGCGUUGUCACCGUCAGCGCUGUGGAUAAGGACGAGGGUGAAUUCGGCCAAGUUCGUUACAGCCUCACCGGCGAACUAUCCAACUUGUUCUCUAUCGAUGAAUUAUCUGGAGUGGUCACUGUGGCUGAAGGAGCCGAUAUCGACAGAGAAGUUACUAGCGACAUCUGGCUUCGAGCCGUGGCUAGCGAUGGAGCACCACCAGCCAAACAGAAGACUACCAGUGUACCUCUGCACAUAAAAGUGCUAGACAUCAACGACCACGCCCCCGUCUUCGCUCAGAGCGUGUACAAGAGUACUAUAUCAGAAAACUUGCAGCUGAAUCCUCCGGCUGCUAUUCUUCAAGUUUCCGCGGAAGACAAAGAUGAGGGACUCAAUGGGAAAGUGGAGUAUGCGAUCACAGAACAGAGCGUGCCUGGAACCUUCUCCGUGGACCCAAUAACCGGCAUCAUCUACCCCGCCCGUCCCGUGGUCGGCAACGCGACGUACCACCUGACCGUGUCCGGCACGGACCGCGCCGGCGCCGGUCUGGCCGCGUCCGCGAGGGUGGACAUUACAGUCCUCAGUGUGAACAAGCAUAGUCCGGAGUUUGUGCUGCCGCCGCCUGAGCAAAGGCAGUUAGAGAUACCCGAGAACGCAGCUCAAGCGGACUACCUCAUAACCACAAUCCAGGCGACCGACGAAGACAGCGGGGACAAUGGGCGCGUGUCAUACUACCUCAAAGUGGACAACCAGAGAGUCAGCGAGACCCCGGAAUUCAGUCUCGACAGAGAUACCGGGGAGCUAAGAACUAAGACGUUCUUGGAUAGAGAACAUCAGUCAGAAUAUAUGUUAGUGAUAGCAGCCGUGGAUAACGGAACACCCGCCCAGUUUGAGAGCCUGAUGAUCCUGACGGUGGUGUUGGCCGAUGAUGAUGAUAACACACCGCGGUUUUCUUCUCCCAGCUAUUUGUUUACCGUUAAGGAGAACUUGCCUACUGGAGUUAUUGUGGGCACUGUAAAAGCAGUAGACAAUGACUCCGGUGAAAAUGGAAAGGUGUACUACCACAUCUUGGAGGGAAAUGAGAAUGGGGACUUCACACUGGACAGGACGAAGGGUGUCAUCAGAGCUAACAUCAGUUUUGACAGAGAAAAGCAGCCCGAAUACUCCCUAACAAUAUACGCAAGCAACAAUCCAAUUUUAGAACAAUCGCCUGCCGACUUUAACUCAGUGGACAACAGCACAGAAGGUCAGGAGAGCAGCGUCGCGUCGGUCAAAAUCAAGGUCUUGGACGAAAACGACAAUGAGCCAAAGUUCCCAGAGAAGACAUUUUAUGCUGCAAUAAAGCACACGGCACGCGUCAACGAGGCCAUUCUCUCUGUCGCCGCUGAGGACCCAGAUCUUGAAGAGAACGGUACUUUGGUAUACAUGGUAGCAGCUUCAAACCUGUACAAGUUUGGUGCUUCGAAGUCCAGUGGAAGUGUCGUGCCAUCUCCCUUCAACAUUACACAGGAAGGCGUGUUAAUGACAGCGGGCUACAUGGCGGAAUAUAACCAAGACCGUUUCGUGUUGGACAUCAUCGCACGUGAGCUCGCCCCGCCUCAUAGAGAAGCGAAAGCGCAAGUCUACAUAUGGAUAACGGACCGGUCGUCGCUGAUCCGCAUGGUGGUGUCGCGAGGCUGCGCGCGGCCCGAGGCGGGCGUGCGGCGCCGCCUCGCCGCCGCCAGCGCCGCGCUGCUCGUGCCCGCGCGCAGGCUGCACCUGGUGCACGCCGACAGGCUCUACGACGACUGGUGUGAAAUCCAUCUACUCCCAGUAGACCCAGCCUCAUACCAGAUCCUGCCCGUGGAGAGGGUCCUGGAAACCGUGGACUCCAAGUACGAUGAGCUCAAAGACGUGUAUCAGGAGUAUGGUGUCGAAACACUUACAGCGGCCAGCGCUACUGCCAAAGCGCCCGACAGUUUUGAUCCAGCACUAGCUGCAUUGAUAGCUCUGCUGAUAGUGCUUUUCACUGGCAUUGUCACUUUCAUUGUGGUCUGCGCUUGCUUAAAGCAUUGGGUUAUUCCCCCGCCGUCCCUCCAAUCCAGUAAGGGCGACAGCCUCGCCCGACGGCGGAUAUUAGAAGAACUCAGUACCACAGAGAACCCUCUGUGGCUAGAAACCAAGCUACGGCCAUAUGAGGAGCAGGAGUUAACUAUGAACGUUUUUGGAGACCAAGCAGAGCAGGGCAAUGUGGAGCCCCCACAGACGGACAACACAUACGCGACGAUACAAGGUAGUCGCGCCACGGAGCGGUUCGGCGACUACGCGACGCUCGGCGGAGACUCGCCCACGCCGCUGGAAGCUGCCUUAGGAUUCCAGGGCAGCACCUUCAAGCCGCCGAGCCCGGCCACGCCGGAGCCGCCGCCGCGGCCCUCGGCCGGCUUGGGGCCGCUAUGAUGAUGGAUGUCGAAUCUUGCUCUAGUUUAGUAACUAAAUUUAAUUCCUAAGCUUUAUGUAAAUAGAGUCUCAAAUCUAAUGCAUGUUGGCAAUGUAUUAUACGAAUAUUCCCCUCCAUUCAAGUAAUUAAUUAUCGUUUUGAAGACUGCAUAUACGUUUUGUUACCAAUUAUUUGUUUCCACGUAUAAUACUUUGUCAACGUCCAUUUAUAGAAAGAUAUUGAUAAAAAUAUUUCCAGAUAUUGUGAUGACAUAUUUUUGGUGUUCUAUAAGUACUAUUUAAUACUUAUAGAACACUAAAAUAUGUCAUCUUUAAAUUAGUGUAAACAGACAAGACAAAGAACUAAUUUCUGCCUACUAGUAUUAUAUAAUAUGUGACGUUUUCAAGAAAAAGUUACCACAUUGACCAUAAGGACAAAAUUUGCUUGUAUCUCUAAACGGUAUUUUUUGCUUGAAAACGAUGCAUAUUAUACACUAAGUUGCUCUAAGCACUGACAUUAUUUUACUCGGCAAGGUCGGUGACUGAAAACUGAUACUAAUGAUACUGAUGUAGAUUUUAGAAACAGUAACAUUCCUUAUUUAUUACUCAUAAAUAAUUGAGAUUAUUGUAAGAGAAUAACUAUAUGUUUUAGAAAAAAAGAGUCUUAUUAAAACUUGGUGCCGUGACCAGGAUUGUACAGUCAAGGAACUGAAUUUUCAACCCACCUAAGGUUCAAUAUCGUACAGCAACCUGUCACCAUAAGAACUAAAGCAUGACGGUGCUUUGAUAUGUCGCAAUUUUCGACCUUAAUGCAUUGCGAAUAUCUAAUAACAUUUCUACGAAAUGGGUAGACAUUAAAUUUCAAUUCAAAUCCAAAUACAAUUUAAAUGUUGCUUUACUGGUAACAAUAUAUCAUACUUAUGUACUCCGUUAGCUCAGCGACCGAAAAUGAAACUUGGCCUCCGACACAAGACAGCGCCAGUCUUCCCGGUCCUGUCCAGUGCGACUUCUGGCCAAUUGUUGACUCGAACUUCGCGCAUGCAAUAUAUCAUUAGCCAAUUUUAUUAAGUGCUCAUUUAAAUCAACGAUGAUGUUAAUACAGUAAGGGCCACUUGCGGGUUCCAGGGUUACCCAAUUAGGAGUUAACAGUUUAUACAGUACAGUUUAACCCUGCAACACACAAUUGGCCUUUAGUAUUGACGUUCCGUGCCGUCUAGGACGUAAGAAAAUCACAAUAUUUUUUAUUGAUAUGAGGAAUGAACUUUAUACGUAGUGUAACAUAUUUAUUUGCUGUAUCUUAGCCAUUUAGUGUUG